AUGUCGCAUUAUUAUAAGAAAUCGAAAUUGGGAGCAUCAGAAAGCGAUGAAAUAGCCAUCAGUGAUUAUUACUCUAUUUUACCAAAUUCAAAAGAUAAUGGCUUAGAUCAGCAACAUAUUGAUCUGAAUGGCAAAAUAUCAAAUCAGAAUGAAGAACUACGCACUAUUUCCCAAAUUUUAACAAGUAACUUACAACAAGUACCAUCAUUAAAUAGUCCAAAUUCACAAUCCUCAACGGACAACUCCUUUCAAAGUACAAUUAAUGCAGAAAAUGAUUAUAUUGAUGCUGCUCAAACAUCGUAUGAAGAAAUAGCAUCAGUUGUAUCAAAUAAAGAUGAACCACUAAUAAUGUGUUUUACAUUUCGUACUUGGAUUCUUGGACUUUUUUUCACUGUCUUUAUAUCAUGUAUAAAUAGAUACGGUUAUUAUCGAACAACUAGUUUUUAUUUUGUACCAAUUCUUGUUCUUCUAUAUUCAUAUUGUCUUGGAAAAUCGCUGUCAUUUAUACUACCAAAAAGAUUAUUUUUUAUUUGGUCUAAAAAAUUCGAAUUUUCAUUAAAUCCUCAGCCAUUUGCAAUUAAAGAACAUGUAUUAAUAUGUGUUAUGGCAUUUGCUGCAUAUACACCAUCCGUCAUUGAUAUUAUUGUCAUUCAAAGAGUAUUUUAUCAAAAACAAAUUUCUUUUUUAAUUGCAAUUAUUCUUAUCAUUUCAUCGAAUCUUAUGGGUUACAGCGUUGCAGGUAAAACUUAUCUAACUAAUGACAUCUUUAUAUAUUAGUCAUAUAUCGAAAAAUAACGUCCGUAUAAUCCCGAGCAAAAAUUCUCUGCGGAGAGAAUCUAGCUCCAUCGGCUACAUAACCGCGCGGUUAUUCACUUGACGGAUCUAGGUAAAUGUACCUUUUUACCUAGUUAGCUAGCUUCAACCUAGUCGUGAACCGAGCAGUAGGUUAUCAUAAUCGAGGAGUAGGAGGUUGACAUCUAGGUUAACUGCCCAGUUAAGCUAGAUCCGAAAAAUAUUUGAUUAGAGGGAGGUGAUCAACUAGGUUAGCCUACAGGUUAACCGGGCGGUUCGAGUGCCCGGUUGAACGAGUGAUUGAAGUGCCGGCUUAACCGGGUGAUUGGAGCGCCGGUUGGAACGGUUAAAGUGCUCGAUUAACCGGGCGGUUGGAGCGCCAGGUUAACCGGGCGGUUGGAGCGCCAGGUUAACCGGGUGCUCUAACCUAGCUUAAAAAAUACGAAAAAAAAAAUUUAUGCCUAACUAGAAUCGAACUCGCUGACCAGCGCACUCAGAAUUGAGGUACGCGGCGUUUUAACCAAUUAAGCUACCAGGCAGACAUGUGGUAGUUGAUGAGUGAUCAAAUCAUUCAGAACAUAUUUUAGAGAUUUGUGUUUUCCCUUUGAAAAAAGCAUUUUUGAGAGUUAAAUCUGCAACAUAAAAUGUAGUGAAUUUAAUUUUCUAAAUUCUAUGUGUUGGAACCAGAUUCUCAGCAAUCGUUCUUUCUGGUAUAAAACAGUAAAUAUCGUUUUCAACCGUGAAGAUCGAUUUGUACAAAGCUGAGCUCACGAGGGAAGUACCCCAACUGAUAAAUCGCUUUUUCAACGAAACCGAGUGAACUAUAGGCAGUUGACGAUGGUGAUUCCGGUACAUCUACCGAAAUCAAAGUGCUCUCAUAUGACUAUACCUCAGUAUAGUCGAGUUCCACGAUUUUCCACACCUCUAAAAUAGCAUCCAAAUACGUCAAACGUUUCGUCUCACACUGCUAUAUAUACC